AAAGAAGGAAAUGACGCGGAGCUUCAGGGAGCCGCGGCUGCGGUACAACGUCAGUAAACUAAACCCCAGCCCCGGAGGAGCGCGGCUCUGAUCGGAUCGUGGAGAGCAGCUCAUCCGCAAGCCAUGGGGAAGAUCGAGUGGGCUAUGUGGGCAAACGAGCAGGCGUUGGCCUCCGGACUCAUUCUGCUGAUCGGCGGUAUAGUGGGAGUGGCCGGGCAGUUUAAACGAUGGGAGUUUGCGGCGUAUGGCAUUGCUGCAGGAGCUUUUGUAAUGUUACUGGAAUAUCCCAGAGGCAAAAGGAGAAAAGGCACAACCAUGGAGAGACCGGGUCAGCGCUUUCUGGCAGCUGUUGUGAACUUGUUCGGACCUUUGACCCGGAAUUACUACAUCCGUGCUAUUCUCCAUGCAUGCCUCGCUGUGCCUGGAGGAUUUAUGUUACCUACAGUUCUUGGCACCGUAAACCUGGGCAUUGCCAGUCUUAUUUAUCUCCUUGCUGCUAUACGAAAGGAGCAAUGGAGCCCCAUCCAGUCAAAACCAUCUCAAGACUUACAGGCUGGAAAAAGUAUUCAUCAGCCCCCCACAAAUCCUCCACCUCGGCCGCCUGCAGACCAUCGAAGGAAACUAGCGGACGAUGCAGCAGGUGCAACACCAACACACAACUGAGAUUGAGGUCAUCAGUCGAACUACAACUGUAAUCUCUAUCCUGUUUUGUAAAUGAAGUUUACUGCAAGUUAUUGUAGGUCUUAGGAGCAACACAAGCUCGGAUUAUGAUGAAAGGAAAUAUAAACAGAUAUUUUUUGCUGUGCUUUUUUUUUCCACAUGAAGUGAUCUGUUGCAGCGAGGGUUAAUCUGUGUUUUUAUUCAUCAAAUGUUACUGUUUGUAGAAUAUAGUUACGUGAAGCUUUCCUAGAAGUUGUACUUACAGAUAUUUUUACAUUAUUUUAGGUCUGUUCCUUAUAAAGACUAAUAAAAAUUGAUUUAUAGAUGUGGAUAAUCCUCCAUGUAUAGUAAAAAUAUUUUGGCUUUGCAUCAAAGCUAGGAACAAAUUUGCCUUUGAUAACUCUUGAUCUCGUGAUCAUUUUCAAUCAAUGGAGCUGGAGCCUCCACUUCUGAAAUAUAAUCCCUGAUUUAUUUAGUUGACGAGACAAUUUCUGUACCAUUGUAUUAAAAUCUACUGAAAAUGACAGCUGAGCUCAGCAACACAUCAAAACCUGCUCCAUUAUAUGACCUUUUCCUUUUCAUUUUGGAUCACUCCCUGACAGUGAUGAGCGGGAAAGUGUGUACCUGGGCUGCAGGAUUACUACAGAUAGGAUUAAACUUGGCACCAGUGAUCUAUAACUUCAAAGGCAUUUAAUUUCAUGUGCUGACGGGUCUCUUAAUUUCCACAGUAACAAUCGCCCUCUGCAGCCCCAUGUACUAUUCUUUGUUGUAAAGGACACUGUUAUGUCUGCGGUAUAUUAAAGGAUUGCACCUAGUGAACUAUAUUCUCCUCAGCUGCCCAUACUCACAGAAAAAUGUAUUUACUUUGCUUAGCGACCAGGAGAAAUGCUAAUUACUCUGCUAUUGAAUUAAUUUAGUUUGUUAGUUCAGGCUGCUUUAUUGCAUCAAAUACUUAAAGUAAGUGGGGUAUGGCAGAACUAUUUUAAAAGGAGCCAUCACUUAAUGGAAAAGUUACUUGUUUAUGUCAGCUUAAAUGCUUCAUGAAAUUAGCAAUGUAACUACAAAAAAGUGGUUCAUCUGUGCUGAAUAAGAAGCAUGUAACAAUGAUCAGGGAGUAUGUUUAAAAUGGCCUAACAUGUUUUGCUUGUAAUUCUAAUAGCUAAGGAACAGGAACUUAUAUUGCAAUAAAAUCAUCCUAAAAAUUA